AUGUUCAGUUUAGGGAAAUCUGGAAGCAGUGGCAGUGGCAAUGGUAGCACUGCUCACCACCAUCACAGUGGGAUAGGAUCUUUAUCUAAAAAGAGUCCCAUAAUAUUCGAUAUAAGAAUUGCCUCGUCAGGUGGAAACGUGAAGUUUAUGUCUGGAUCUGCGUUGGAUUCGGAGCCUACCGUUUUACAUGGUGACAUCGUAUUUUCAUUACCAGAAACCUUGCAUGUGAAGCGGAUUACUUUACGUCUUAUUGGUAAGUUCAAAUUAGAGUUUCUACAGGUUGGGCAGCAUAAGAAUACAAACUUGGCAAGUAUAGUUAAAGAAGACCAAACGAUAUUCGAAGCGUUCUGGCAAAAUUUACUGGUUGAUAAAGAGGGCAUCAUAUUGAAGGGAUCUUCUGCUGGAUCAGGUAAUUCAUCUUCUCAAGGUUCUGUCCUGGGUGUUACGGCUAAGCCAAUUCUCUCCAGAGUUCGGUCUGUGCCAAUGAUAAACACAGGUAAGAAAAAAUCGCACAAAUCAGACUCACCAGGAGUUCUAAAGCUACCAAGCAACGGUGUCAGUGGCACUCCCUACAAUGAAACAAUGGCGCCUAGUGGAUCUAGUUUCAUUCUCCCACCGGGAAAUUAUGAAUUACCCUUCCAAAUCACCUUACCCCAGGACACACCAGAAACCGUGGAAGGCCUACAAAGUGGCUCUGUUUUAUACACCAUGGAGUGUUCAAUAGAAAGGCAGGGUUUCAAUAAAGCGAAUUUCACGAAGUAUGAAUAUUUGAGGAUAUUUAGGACCCUUAAACCUGAUGAUAUGGCUAUCCAGGAAGAAGUGUAUGUUGGGAAGAACUGGCCUAAUAAGCUUCAAUACGAAAUUUCAAUUCCCAGUAGAGCCAUUCCUAUUGGUGGUGCAACGCCUAUCAAUGUAAAAAUCUAUCCAUUCCAGAAGGGCUACAAAUUGAGGAGAAUUACUGCGUCUUUAAUCCAGCAUUAUGAGUUCAAGGAUUCUGCUGGAGAAGUAUACGACGAUGAGAAUGUGAUCCAGAAACAAAUGCUAACAAAAUUUGACGAUAUACCUGGGUGUGAUUCUUCGAGAGACAACCUACUAAUUGAUGAGGUGAAAAUCAAUUCAGUUAUCCAGUUUCCAGAUGAUCUAAAGCGAGCCACACAGGAUUGUGAUGUUGCUGAUGAUUUAAUAAAAGUUCGUCACAAGCUUCAAGUUGUGCUUAACUUGCGGAGAGAUGUCAUUGACGAGGCCUCGGGGUCUAAGCCAUACGAACAAUCUACCGAUAUCAAGGUUAACCUACCAAUUAAACUAUAUGUCAUGAAACAUGUACCUAUUCAAGGACGGCUAGUGUUGUUGGACCAUUUUGGGAAACUCCAUUUCAGACCGGGUCAAUUUUGCACAUUGUUUGAACCCAGUACCGAUAGCUCUGCUCUUGGCAUCAGUAGCAACAACAGUAGUAGUAGUAGUGGUGGUGGUGUUGGUAACGUCAACAACGUCAAUUCCACUGCUAAUGGCAAUGGCAACGGAAAUGGUGACGAAGAUGGGAACAUGAAUGCUAACAGUAACCUACGUGGUAAUAGGACCAUCAGAAGGCUGGAAGACGGGUCGUAUUCCGUGCAAUAUUUCCCGGAGAGAGACACACAGGCUCCUCCAAGUUAUGAAAGCCAUUGGAACGACGUUACAAUAGAUCCAGUCACCAGAUCGCUACCGACUACCCCACUAAGGCAACUCGACGAUGUUCUAAACGGACCAAACCCAUCCCCAUCUUAUUUCGACCUUCCCACGUCCGAUGCAAGAAUACAAGCUCCACAGCCAAACCAACACGCGGUUGCCCUUGGUACCCUGCUGCGGAGCCAUCAGCCUCGUGUCCCAAACCUAGAUCAUCUACACCAUCAGAGCAGAUCCUCGUCGUCUACAAGAUUAUCCGCUCUUACUGCUGCUGCCGCUGCUGUCGCAGGAGGAUCUUCCGUCCCGCGUGCUACAGGAAGCGCAGAUGGCUCCACCACCGCUGCCAGCAACGGCUCCACCACCCCAGCGUCCAGAGAAGACUUCUUAAACCACCUACAAAGAUUGCCCUCCUACGACGAGUCACGUGCUCGAUACGAAUCUGUGUCACGUGAACCAACCCCACUAUACUUCCCAAUUCAGCAGGACCAGCAAGAACAGGAGUAG